GUGACCAAGUAAUUUCGGAAAUUAUAUUUAUAGAUGAUUUUCCCAAUAAAAAUAAUUCCAAUAAUAAACGCUCUAACCCUAACAAACGCACUGCAGAAGAGGAAAACGAGUUGAGCAAUUCGCAAAAAAAAUCCAACAGUGUUGACACAAACAGUGAUGUUAGAAGGAAAUUCGAAAGAUUAAAACACAUGUACGUUAAAAGUCAAAAUCGCAGUUUGAUGUGGAAGACGAGAGCGAAAUGCGAAAUAAAAAAGUUGAAAGGUAUCAUAAGUAAAUUGGAGGAGAAAAUUCGUGUUCUGGAAGGUAAGAGUUCAAAUUUGUUCAAACAAAAAAAAAUGUCCAGAUGGUGUGACCAUUUCACGACGGUUAAAACUUGUCGUCUGAAAUUACCUUGUGGUUUAACCAGCUACAAAAACUUCUUGCGCCAAAGUCACCCGCUACCAUCUUUCUGUGAAUCAGGUAACAGUAAGCUUGAGAAUUGGAAAUUCGCAAGCGGUAACUGCGACGCGAUUUUCGAGUUUUUAAAGACAAAGGUUUCACAAUUGAAACACGAUCACGAGAGAGAUUGUCUAUUAAUUAUAGAAGAAAUCGGCAUCACGCCAAAGCUUUGCCACGAUGACGCAUCCGGUGCUAUGAUAGGCAAUGUCACGCUACCCGGCCACGAUGACAAAGAGAGGGCAACGCACGCGGUUGUAUUCGUGUUGGCUGGAAUCUCCAAGCGAUGGAGGCAAAGCAUCGACUACUUUUUCACGGGAAAAAGCAUCGACGGCAGCGUUUACCGAUCGCUCAUUGUAAAUUACGUCAGAAAAGCCAACUCCGUCGGCCUAGACGUCCACGGCGUCGUGUCCGACAUUGGCUCGGCGAAUCAAUGCAUGUGGCGAACGUUUGGUAUAUCGGCCCACAGGUACUCGGCCAUAAUCACCAAGUGUCCACACCCCGUGGAUGACAACCGAUUUUUGUACUUUUUUCACAACGCCACUCGGGAUUUUGAAAAUCUCCGCCAAGGCAAGUUCAACGACGACACCGACAUCAUCAUUCCACCGUCGUUUGUCGAAAAGUACCAGUUAAAAACCAACUUCACGAGCGCAAAGCACCUACAGGAUUCAUUUAGAUCGCAAAACAGUGUCGACGCAACCUCCCGUUUAUCGGGCACAAGCGGGGGGCUCGAGUCUUUGACCGGCUCAUUUUUGGUAGCCCAGUUCGGCAAGUGGUUGAAAGUCAUGACCUGCGAAAGUACCGGGGCUAAGCACGACGAAAAUUUCGACUUUUUGCGGGGUUUCGUGGAAUUGGUGUCCUCGUUGAAGUUCGAAAAGGGACCCGAGUGGAAGCUCUUUCAAAAAGGCAUCAUCUUGUCGACGACGUCCUACGUGGAAUUGGCGUCGUUUCUGUCGAACGCUCGGGGCUACGGAUUCGUCGCUGGUCGCACUUUCACGUGGGACUGUCUUUUUGCCAUCUCACCGGUAAAAAAUUGCACCCUCGAUGCCCUGCAAUUGAGAAACCAUCUCAAAUUGACGACGCUUUCGCAGUACUUGCAGCAGGUGUCCUCCGAUCGUAAGGAGAAUGAUCGCGACUUCCUGCCCGAUUUUUUGCAAACUACUUUGGAAAAUGGCCCGAUAACGGUACGCAACGGUCCACCGGCGACGACCGCACCUCAUGGCAUGCACUACAAUCCAAAAGCCAAGUACCACGAUGUAUCUCUCGACAACUUCGAGGUGCACUCGUUGCACAGUAUUGCCGAUCGUGUGGUUGAAUCUAUUCUUCGAAUCGAUGGAGCUUGCAAUUUUUGUCUCGCUUGUACUGGUCGUUUCAAGUGGCGUUUGAGUUCGCGCGGUAAGUUACCUCAACGUUUCGCGGGCGAAUUGUCGUUCUCCGUGAACCAGAGGGCCUUCAACUUUUUUGUCGAGAUGGAAAAAAUGUUCCGAGGGACACUGAAAGGCGUCAAAUCGGUUUCUCCGUUGAACUUGCGACGUACGUUGGUGACAAAAUUUCUGGCCAUUCCUUACAUUUUACCGGAUUGCCAUCGUUUAAAAUCGGAAAUCGUACGCAGAUUUGUCAUGUUUCGAAUGAAAAUGUACAUGAAAAAAAAUAAACACGCCAUAGGGACCCGCUAA